UUUUUCUCCCUUACAAAAGCGCCACUGAAACCGAAGUAGAUACAUAGAGACUAGAGAGUAUCACAAAACCACCAAAAUUCAUCCUUCUAUUCAUCAAUCCGUAAUUACCUAUCUUUCCACUUUCUUUCUCCUACAAUGGGGCUACCACCCACUAUUGCAACAUGCUUUCUCAUAUUGGUGCUACCUCUUGUUGUGCUAUGUUUGUGGAAGCUGCUAAACUGGGUGUGGUUGAGGCCAAAGAAAUUGGAGCGGGCAUUAAGGGCACAGGGUCUUCAGGGCAAUCCCUACAGACUUUUGGUUGGAGACAAUCGGGAAAAGUUUAGGAUUCUCAUGAAUGCUUCCAAAUCUCAACAAUCCACGAGUUCUCUCUCAGAUGAUAAGAACGUAGCACCGCAUAUCGUGACCUUUAACCAUCACAUUGUCAACAAAUUCGGCAAAAAUUCAUUUUUAUGGGAAGGCACCACACCAAAAGUGAUCAUCACAGACCCUGAGCAAAUCAAAGAAGUCUUCAACAAGAUCCAAGACUUUGAGAAACCCAAGUUGAGCCCCCUUAUCAAUUUGUUGGGCAAUGGACUUACAAAUUUACAAGGCGAGAAAUGGAGGAUACAUCGAAAGAUUAUCGACCCUGCUUUCCAUUUUGAAAAAUUGAAGGUUAUGUUACCAACUUUUUUUAAAUGUUGCGAUGAGAUGGUUUCGAAAUGGGAAGGGAUGCUAUCUUCAGACAACAAAUGUGAAAUUGAUGUAUGGCCUUUCCUUCAAAAUUUGACCUGUGAUAUUAUUUCUAGAACAUCGUUUGGAAGUAGUUACGAAGAAGGAAAAAGAAUAUUUGAACUUCUGAAAGAGCAAGCUGGGUUGAUUAUGAAAUUACGAAAUGUUUACAUUCCAGGAUGGUGGUUGCUACCGACAACUACACAUAGGAGGAUGAAAGAAAUAGAUACUGAUAUACGGGCGUCACUUAAAGGAAUCAUCAACAAACGAGAGAAAGCAAUGAAGGCCGGUGAAGUCUUACACCAUGAUUUAUUAGGCAUGCUUUUGGAAUCAAAUCGUAUGGAAAUACAUGAACAUGGAAACAAUAAGACCGUUGCAAUGACUAGCCAAGAAGUAAUUGAGGAAUGUAAUGCAUUCUACAUAGCAGGGCAAGAAGCUACAUCGACUUUGCUGGUUUGGACAAUGAUAUUGUUGAGUAGAUAUUCUGAUUGGCAAGCACAUGCUAGGGAGGAAGUAUUGCAUGUUUUUGGUAACCAAAAGCCAGAUUAUGAUGGGUUAAGUCACCUCAAAAUUGUGACCAUGAUUUUAUAUGAGGUUCUCAGACUCUACCCACCUGCAGUUUAUUUCAAUCGAGCUAUCAAGAAUGAUGUUGAACUUGGAAAAAUGUCCCUUCCUAAAGGAGUGCAAGUUUCCUUACCAAUAUUGUUGAUUCACCAAGAUCAUGAUAUUUGGGGUGAUGAUGCUACCGAAUUCAAACCAGAAAGAUUUGCUGAUGGAGUUGUAAAGGCAACAAAAGGCCAAGUCUCGUUUUUCCCAUUUGGACGGGGUCCUAGAGUGUGCAUAGGCCAAAAUUUUGCUCUAUUAGAAGCAAAGAUGGUUUUGUCAUUACUUUUACAAAAAUUCUCAUUCGAGCUUUCUCCUGCCUAUGCACAUGCUCCAACCAUUGGGUUCACUCUUAAUCCCAAAUUUGGGGCUCAUAUCAUUUUACACAAGCUGUAGUGUCACUUUUAUUAGCAUUUUGUUAGUUGAAAUAAAGGCUCAAACUUGUGUUAAAGUGGCUGCCAAUUCUCUUUGAAUUUGCACUACCUAUAGGCUUGUUUUAAUUUAAAGAAAUUAAGGUUUAAUAAGGUGAAAACUCUAAGAUUGUGAUUGCCUCUUGGCUGACCAAGGAAUUGCACAAUUUUUCAUAUGUUUUUGUGUCUUAAUUCUAGUUUUAAUUAGGUAUAAUGACACCAUCAAGUGUUGUUAUUAAUUCUAGUUUUAAUUAGGUUUAAUGACACCAUCAAUUGUUGUUAUUAGUGAUCAUUUCAUCUUUUCACUUGUUUAACCAACUUGAUGUCAUUCCUAUUUAUAGGCUGUACAUUUUCUAAUAAAAAAGGGAUAGACCUUGAAUUUGAGUUUUAA